AUGGUCAUAGAUGCUGCUAGAGAGUUCCCUUCGGAUUCCUGGCAGGCUCACAAGGCCUUGAUCGUUGGCAAUGCCAUGAUGGAUGCCUUUAUCGAGGGCAAUGGCAGCCAGGAGUCUAUCAUCAAGGCACGCAAGAUUGCCCAGGAGUACAUUGGAACGAAAGUCGACUCUCCUGAUGUCUACAAGACCAAAGGCGAGCCCAUUGUCUUUGCAACAGGCCACUGCCACAUUGAUACCUGCUGGCUAUGGCCGUUUGCUGAAACAAAGCGAAAAGUAGCUCGGUCCUGGUCGACCCAGUGCGACUUGAUGGAGCGAUAUCCGGAAUUCCGCUUUACCUGCUCUUCGGCACAACAGUUCAAGUGGCUUGAAGAAGGAUACCCCUAUGCCUUCGACCGAGUCAAGACCUGGGUGAAAAAGGGAUCUUUCCAGCCCAUUGGUGGCAGCUGGGUUGAGCAUGAUACCAACCUGCCUAGCGGUGAGUCUUUGGUUCGUCAGUUCUUGUACGGCCAGAGAUACUUCGAGAGCCGUUUCGGUAACCGAUGCACCACAUUCUGGUUGCCUGACACGUUCGGAUACUCUUCUCAGAUUCCUCAGCUCUGCCGCCUGGCUGGGAUGACCCGUUUCUUUACUCAGAAACUCAGCUGGAACAAUAUCAACAACUUCCCUCACACGACCUUUAACUGGGUUGCCCUUGAUGGCAGCCAGGUCAUCUGCCAUAUGCCUCCGUCAGAAACAUAUACUGCCGAAGCUCAUUUCGGUGAUGUUAAGCGCAGUAUCACCCAGCACAAGUCCAUGGACCAGGACAACACCUCUCUUCUUGUCUUCGGAAAGGGUGAUGGCGGUGGUGGGCCCACGUUCGAGCAUAUCGAAAAGCUACGUCGACAGAGAGGCAUGAGUGACACUGUUGGACUGCUGCCCCGUGUCACCAUUGGAGGCUCGGUCGACGACUUCUUUGCAACGCUUGAGAAGAAGGCUGUGGGGGGAACCAAGUUUGUAACCUGGUAUGGAGAGCUGUACUUUGAACUCCACCGAGGAACCUAUACCACCCAAUCCAAUAAUAAGAGGAACAACCGCAAGGGAGAAUUCCUCCUCCGUGAGGUUGAACUUCUUGCCACUCUAGCCUCCCUCAGGAGCUCCUCGUACAAAUACCCCAAGAAGGAAAUUGACAACAUGUGGGAGCCAGUUUUGCUUUGCCAGUUCCAUGACUGUCUUCCCGGUAGCGCAAUCAGACUGUGCUAUGAUGAGUCUGAUGCUUUCUAUGCGGAAGUGUUCAGGAUUGGCGCAAAGGUUAGAAAUGAGGCCAUGAAGGCGCUUGGUUUCGAGAACAAGGAGUCUGGAUCAGACGGUAAACUUGUUGCGUUGAACACCCUUCCCUGGCCUCGCUCUGAGAUUGUCAGGAUGGAGAACCCAGGCGCUUCAUCCAGCUCUUCACAGUAUGCUCUCGUGAGCGGUGGCACCGGAGUGAUGAAGGUCGAGCCAUUGAGCUCUACUCAGUCUGCUUCGCUUUAUGUGAAGGAAAUAGAAACCGGAGUUUUCGAGCUACGCAAUGACAGCCUAGUGCUCAAGGUCGAGAAGGGGGUGAUCACCUCCCUGUUUGAUGUGAAGGCAAAGCGCGAAGUGAUUGCAAAGGGAGGGAAAGCCAACCAAUUUGUCAUCUUUGACGACAAGCCACUCUACUGGCAAGCCUGGGAUGUCGAGGUCUACCACCUCGACUCACGCAAGGAAUUGACCUCCACGGAGACCAAGAUUGCAGAACAGUCUCCGUACCGAGUCAGCGUUGUGACUCAGACCAAGAUCAGUGACAAGAGCUGGGCGAAGACCACCAUCAGCCUUUCUGCCGAGACCAAAGACAGCAUGCCUAUGGUUGAGAUGGACUGCGAGGUUGAAUGGCAAGAGACGAUGAAGUUCCUCAAGGUCGAGUUCCCUGUUGACAUUCGCAACACCGAGGCAUCGUAUGAGAGCCAAUUUGGCAUCACCAGACGUCCAACCCACUACAACACCACCUGGGACAUGGCCAAGUUUGAGGUAUGCUGCCACAAAUGGGCUGAUCUGUCCGAGAGCGGAUACGGAGUGUCUAUCCUGAAUGACUCCAAGUACGGUUUUGCAACCGCAGGCAACCUGAUGAGGCUCUCCCUCAUCCGUGCCUCGAAAGCACCAGACGACACCGCAGACAUUGGCCAUCACCGCAUCCGGUACGCUAUCCUGCCACACUCUGGUCCACUUGACUACCGCACCGUCAGAGCAGGGUACAACUUUAACCAUCCGCUGGCCAUUGAAUCGGCAUGUGGACCUGAGACGUUGCAAGACUUCCAGGCCGUGAGACUGGUCGAUGCUACGCCAGCACUUGUCCUGGACACUGUGAAGCGUGGUCAAGACGACGAGGAUGUUUCUAACGACAACCUGCCACGCCGUAAAGGCAAGAGUGUGAUUGUGCGUAUCUUCGACUCGAUGGGAGGACGCAGCACGGGUGUUUUAGAGACAGAUCUCAAGGUGCAGAAGGUGUUCAAGUGUAACCUUCUCGAAGAUGAUCUGGAAGAGCUGCCGAUCGAGGGAUCUGGACCCCGGCGUGUGAACAUUGUGCUUAGAGCCUUUGAAGUUGCAACGUACAGACUUCAGCUGUAA